ACACCGUUAACACCGCAUUACAGAAUAAUUACCUAAAAGAAGAAGAAGUAUUGCGAAGAGUGACCUUAGCAAGCGUACAAAGUGUGCCCAAUUCACCUUAAGAUUCUUCACACCGGCCUUUCAAAGUGUGCCCAAUUCACCAUAAGAUUCUUUACACUUUUCACAUUUUUUGUAAAACCGAAACUUCGAAGAGAUGGGCAGCUCUCAGUCGACCGAAAAGGUGAAGAGCAGCGAGGACUCCACCAGUCCUGCAAGUCCUGGCCUCUUCUGUGCCUCCCUUCCUGGCUUCGUAGCCAAGAUGCAAAGGAUCCUGCUCCGCAAGCUGAACAUUUCGGCCAGGAAGCAGAAGCGCCUGAGCAAGCGCUCCCGCCAGAUCCUGCGACCCAUGCCGCGCUGCUCGUCCUUCGGAUCCUGCGGCACCCUGCUGACGCCGCCAACAAAAAAGUGCUCCAUGGCAACCCUGGCCGACCGCCGCUACGCCCAGUGGAAGUGCAGCUUCGAGCAUUUGGCCCAGCGGCAGGAGCGGCUCCACGACAUCUCGGAGGCGAUCGCCGGACAGACCACGCCCCGCGGCUUCCCCUCCCACACGGACGCCCGCCGGUGCCUCCUGCCGCAGGAGGAGGAGUCCCAGCUGCCGGAGUCGCCGCUCUACGACAUGGUGCGCGGCCAGAAUGUCCGCCGCCGGCUCAGCCUGCGCAGCCACGCCCUCGUGCGCCGCCCCUCCGCCCGGCAGAAGGCCGCCCAGGCCAAGGUCGACGCCCAGCUGAAGCGGGACCUCUGCGACCUGGAGGAGUACUACGGCGGCUUCCACUUCGCCCAGCGCAGCGAGCGACUGGUGAAGGUGUAACCAGUCGUCCAACCAACCAAGAUAUAUAGAUAUAUAAGAUAUAUAAAUCAGAUAUGCCAUUCUGU